AUGGGGCGCAACCUGGCGACGUCGCUUCUUCUCGUCGUCGGCCUCGCUGUUCUGCUUCCGUCGUUCUGCGCGGCCGAUUCGUUCAAGACCACGCCCAUGCUCUGGAGCUUCCACCUCCCGCUGCCCGACGGCGUCAGCGGCGCCGAGAGCCUCGCCUUCGACCGCAGGGGCCAAGGGCCCUACGCCGGCGUCUCGGACGGCCGCGUCCUCAAGUGGGGCGGCAGCGCCCUCGGCUGGACCACGUUCGCGCAUAACGCCAACUACUCUACUGAAAGAUCCCGCUAUGCACGGCGGCCGGACGGUGGUGAGGCCGCGGUGCUGGCGACCCAAGCGGACGGCGUGCUGUUCCACUUCGUCAACGGUCUGUGA